GGACAUAAAAUCCUUGCUGAGCUGUUCGUUGAAAAGGGAGCAAAUAUCGAAGCUACAGGCAGCUCUCAUCAAACACCACUAGCUAUAGCUGCAAUGGAGGGGCAUUUAGACGCAGUUAAAUGGCUGAUUGAGAAAGGGGCCAAUAUUGAAGCACGGGACUGUAACAAACAGACCCCGUUAAUAUUGGCUACAAUAGGAAAGCACGACAAUGGGAACACUGCAGUAAUCCAACUGCUUCUUAAUAAUAAUGCCAACAUCGAGACAAAAGACAUUGCCGGUGAUACGCCAUUAAGUAUUGCUGCUUACAGGGGGCACACUGCAGCAAUCCAAUUGUUUCUCGAUAAUAAUGCCAACAUCGAGACAAAAGACAUUGACGGUAAAACGCCAUUAGGAAAUGCCGCUCACUGGGGGCACACUGCAGUAAUCCAACUGCUU